UCAACUACAUUUUGCUUGCCCAAAAACCGAAAGCACUCGUAUUUAGUCAAAAUUUCCGGCACUUCGAUCAUGAAUCUGGAGCAGAACUUGACCGCUGCCAUGAUGCAGUCGCCGGCGGGCAAGGCGGCGGAGGAGGAGAAGGAGGCGUGGCCGGCGGAGGCGCACCUGCACCAGCCGCCGGAGGUGGGUCAACUGCUGCUGGCGGAGCGCUCCAGCUGCCUGGCGGUGAAGACCUACCUGCGCAUGUGCGGCCUGCCCUUUUCGGAGCGGAUCAGCCAGAAUGCGGAGUUCAUGUCGCCGGGCGGCCGAUUGACCCACCUGCCCCUGCUCCGCCUGGGUCCCAUCUCGACCUAUGCAGAAUUCGAGCCCAUCGUGGCCCAGGUGGAGGCCAUGCUGGGGUCCAACUCGCUGGCCACCAGCUGGAUGAGCGAGGAUCAGCGCGAGGAUGUGGGCUGCCUGGUGGGCUAUGUGGAGAAUGUCUUCACGCUGGCCGAACUCCACAUGAGCUUCGUGGACUCGGGGAACUACCAACUGUACACGGCACCGCGCACGGAGGCAUCGCAUCCAUGGCCAUUGAGCCUGAUCCGGCGGUGGUCGAAGCAGAGGGAGGCACACCGCAUCCUGAAGGUGUACCAGUGGCAGGAGCUGGACAACGACCAGGUGCUCCACGAGGUGGGCAUGUGUGCCGGCUCGCUGAUUGGCCAACUGGAGGAGCACCAGCCGGGGGGAUACCUCUGCGGAUCGCGACCCUGUCAGCUGGACGCCCUGGUCUUUGGCCAUGUGGCGGCCAUAGCGACCACCCGGAUGCCCAACAUGGAGCUGGCCGAGAUCCUGGCCACCUAUCCCCGCCUGAUGGCCCACUGCCGCCGCAUCGACGAUAGCCUGUUCGGGGGUAAAGUCCUCACCGGAGUCGCAGAGUCGGAGUAGAGCAAAUAAAAUUAAAGAAGGUCUGGGACGGGGCACCCAUUCCCUCUUCCGCCACCG